ACGGGAAAUAGCCGGGUCUAAUUAUUAGAAUGUUAUUUGUUUUAAGACUUUCGUGCAGUUUUAAUUAUUUUCAUAUUAUAAAGUAAUUAUUUUUACGGUUUCAAAUUGUUUUACCUUAAAAGUUGCGUAAUGUUGAAAGAUUGUAAUACAUGGUGCAGGAGUGCCAAAUUUAAAUACGGGAAAAUUAAUGAUCAUUGCAAUAGUUUCAUUUUGUUAAUUCUCAGUUAUAUUAUCUUGCACGGCAUGAACUGCGGCGUUCUGUCUUGGAAUAUAUAUCUAACUUUUGAAGAUAGCGAGCCCAGUAAAGAAGAUUUAUAUUUUGAAAUUGUUGAACCGGAAACAUUGCAUUACACAUUUAAAGUGAGACCUGCUCAAGAUUUUGGAAUUCCUUUUAAUGAAAGUCUAAACAAUGUUGGCUUAGUUUUAGCUGAACCACCUCAUGGAUGCAGUGCACCUAUCAAUCGAUUAGAACUUAGAAAUAAUGUAGCUUUAAUAGAUAGAGGAGGUUGCUCCUUCCUAAGCAAAUGUGUUCAAGCUGAGCAUUCUGGAGUAUUAGCAGUUGUGAUUUGUGAUAGUGAUACAUCUAAUGAUGACCAAUUUAUUGAUAUGAUUGAUGAUAAUACAAAGAGAAACUGUAGCAUACCAGCUGUAUUUUUGUUAGGAAAGGAUGGAUACAUGAUUAAAAAAGGGCUGAAAACACAUAAUCUGAAUCGUGCUAUUAUCAAUAUGCCAGUCAACUUCACAUUUGUUCCUCUACAUGAGAAGAGACAUCCCCCAUGGAUUUUAUAGCAGCCGUUUCAGAAAACGUGUAACUUAUAACUACUUACUUGUAAAUCAGCAGUGUAUAAAAUAUUUAUGUAUAUUUGAAUAAAUUAAUUCUUUUUAACUUC